AUGUGCGAUGAAGACGUGAUGUCGAUGAGCCCGCCCCCAUCACUGUCACCUCAAAAUUUCCCCAAUUCUCACAAUGGUUUCAAAACUGAAGAAUUAGAACUACAUGCUCCUCCCCUGAUCCCUUCUUCUGUUCAUUUUGAGCAUGCUCCUGUUCGUGAAGAUGAUAAAUCCAUGGUCUAUCAAAUUAUGUAUGCGCAAUCGCAACACUCGGACUCGAGUUUUCAUCGGCCCGUGACUCCGCUUCAAAUUACUAUUCCUGAUGGAGACUCGUCACCAACAGUUCCUGUUACUUGUGGUGCCACAUCUGGAAAAAUGCACUUGAAUUUGUUCAUGUGCCCAGGCAUUCAUCAGCCGUGCAUUGAAGUCGGAAAUGACUUGCUUUCUCCAAAGCAAUUCACAGUUCGUGGUGACAAAGAAAGACAGAAAGACUGGAAAGCAAGCAUUCGUGUUGGAAGAUCUUCUCUCAGAACACACAUGGAAGCGUCAACCAUUGAUUUCUACGAUCAUCCUAAUCGGUGCAGCGGAAAGUGUCAGAGUCGAAACUAUGUGAAUGCUCCAACCGAUGAAGCAGCUCAAGCUCGUAAAAACAAACGAGCAACUGAUGCUAUCAUACUUAAAACUGAAAUAGAAAAUGAGAUUGCCGGAAAAGACUCCGAAAGUGGUGAUAGAAAGACGAAUGUGAAAAAAGCUCGAGGACGUCCGCGAGGAAGUGUGAAUAAACCAAGACCAUUCGUGAAACUCGAACCACAAGACGACUUUUUCGAUGAGUUCUUCACAGAUGCACCACCUCCACCAAUGGGAUCCGAACAUUCCAUCAGUGAUCAUAAUUCGCUCCCUCCACCGAAUCGUUCACAACAAGAAUGUUCACCGUACGGUGAAAUCCAUAACUGUCUUCAAAAUGAUCCCAUGAAUUUCUGGUCUCAAAUGCAAGGGUCUGGAGUCAUCGGGCAUUUCUGUGAUGAUAUUAUCAGCAGUGCAAUCAAUUUGAAACAAUUGGCACUUGAACAAGUUGUCAGUCAUAAUACUGCCAACAUGUUGACUCGCACCGCAUUCGCUCUUGGAAUUCAACCAGUCAUUGUUCAACGUGUGCAGUCGAUCGAAAGAAAUGUGUACCAACAACGAAAACACGACGAAAUGUUCAUGGAGAUUCAAGCAAAACUAGCCGAAGAACAACGUCUUAAGAAUCAACUCGAGCCGAGUACUUCGGCUGUAAGUCACGAAAGUGUUCACACUGCUCUCGAAAUUCCAAGUGAAGAUAAAGAGGACGAAUUCAUCGACGUUGGAAAAUAUGAACCAUAUUCUGAAGCAGGCGACUCAUACCAUAUGGCACCUGGCCCUAGUCAUCUUCUGUAA